AUGGUUUCUGACAACAGGACUUUGGUAACUGAAUUCAUCAUCCUAGGAUUUCCCAAUGUCAGGGAAGUCGAGCUGCUUCUCUUUGCUACCUUCCUUCUGAUGUACGCACUGACCUUCACAGAGAAUGUGGCCAUCAUCUUGGUCAUUGGCAUGGACUACCGCCUUCAUACUCCAAUGUAUUUUUUUAUCAGUGAUCUCUCCCUCCUAGACAUUGGCUACACUACUGUGACAGUGCCCAAGAUGCUGGCUAACAUUGCUAUUCAGUCACAGACCAUCUCUAUCACUGGCUGCUUCACACAGUUGUACAUCUUCUUCUUCCUUGGCUCAGCUGAAUGCUUCCUACUGACUAGCAUGGCCUAUGAUCGCUACCUGGCCAUUUGCAAUCCAUUGCAUUACACCACCAUUAUGGAUUGCAGAGCUUGUUUAUGGCUUGCUCUGGGGUGUUGGUUGGGUGGCUUCCUUGCACCUGCCCUUCCCACUGCCUUCAUCUUCCGCCUGCAUUUCUGUGGUUCCAACAUCAUCAACCACUUCUUCUGUGACUCACCACCUUUGCUGGAGCUCUCGUGCCAAGACGUCUUUGAAAUCAAAGUCAUCAACUUUCUGGUAGGCACAAUAGUACUAAUGAGCUCCUUCAUCCUCACCAUGAUCUCCUACAUCUUCAUUGUGGCCACCAUCUUGCACAUACCCACAGCUGAAGGAAGCAGCAGCAAAGCCUUCUCUACCUGUGCCUCCCCUCUGACCACUGUCACCACCUUCUACGGGACUACCAUCUUCAUGUACAUUCGCACCAAGACCAUCCAGACUUUUGAUUUCAACAAGACUGUCUCUGUCUUUUACUCUGUGGUUACCCCAGUUCUGAACCCUGUCAUCUAUAGCCUAAGGAACAAUGACAUCAAGCAAGGCAUGAGGAAAGUACUUCUGAAGCAAAAGGACACUUUCUUCAUGUAA